AUUGCACUGAUACAUGAAUUCUGUUGCUCCGAUUGCCCCUUCUGCUGCGACUGAUGAUAGAUGGUGGUGAUGAUUGUGAUGAUUGUGAUGAGAUACGGAAUCGAUUUCAGAUUUUUUUCCAGAUCCAGGAUGAAAGUGGGAAGAUUCUGGGAGAUCCAGGAAGCAGUGAUCCGAUGGGAAUGGGAUUUGUUCCUAGAGGAUGGGGCGUAGAUGAACGGUCAGCAAUCGCACAUAAGCUGUAUGGCCUUGAGAAGCACCUGGAACGGCUAAAAUCCGUCCUUUUAAUGGGACCGAAGGGACCCAAGGUUGUCGGGAUUGUCGGGACCACACAAAACAAAGGGGCAACUGGUGGUAGUGCACCUGAGGUGGGAGGCAGAGGCAGCAACCUCUCCCACAAGAGACUGGUUGAGGCAAGUGGCACUGUGCUGAAGAUCGGGGGUAUUGGGAAAACUACACUGGUAAGAACUCUCUUCCAGGACCCUGAUAUCCAAAGAAAUUUCAGUGGAGGCAUGUUUUGGGUGGAUGUCCGCAAGAGCAGCGGCGAUGCAUUUGCUAUUCAGAAGAGCCUAUGGAAACAGCUCGCUGGUGUAAAAUCGCUUGUGGACGGCGACAUCUUCCCUAUGGUAAAGAAGGAGUUGGAGGAUAAGCGGGUACUCAUUGUAUUUGAUGAUGUAUCCGAUCCAGAGACCAUACGAUGGGCCUACGAUGCUUUAUCCGAUGCAGGGAGGUUGGUAAUCACCACACGUGAUGAGCACGUCCUGGGCACUAAUGGGGGAGCUGCCUUGACCCCUACAACAGGACCUCCUGCAGCUGAGCGUCCCACAGCCUCAGACCGGGCUCAGACUGCAGUUCUCAGGCUGAGCACAAUGGGCUUAGAAGACUCGAUGAGGCUACUGUGCCGCUAUGCCUUUGGUUCAGAAGAGCCGCCUCCACGUUUUGAAAGCUUGGCAGACAGUGUGUGCAGGGAGUGCGGGGGGUUGCCACUGGCACUGACAGUCAUUGGGUCCGCACUCCAUGGGAAGGAUCUGGACAGCUGGAAGUACACGCUGCGCAGGCUUCAGGGUGCCAGGGCAAUAGGGGAGCAGUUCUCUAGCAGCUCGGUCUUCGACUGCCUGCGAGUUGCAUUUGAUGGACUCUCGAUGGAUGAUCCUCGGUUGCAAGACCUUUUCCUUGACUUGGCGGCCUUCCCAGAGAAUGAGCAUGUUCUGGUGGAUAGACUUAUUCUCCUGUGGACCUCCUCGAGGGAUGUAGGAGGGAGUGAAAAUGAAGCUCUUGCUCUCCUGGCAUUGCUCAUAUCAAGAUCUCUGGUUCAGUGGGGUUUUGAUGCAAGUGGGAAGGCUUUCUGCCAGAUGCAUGGGGUUCUUAGAGACUUGGCUCUUGAGAUUACAAGCAUCACUGCCAAGGAUUUCAAAGGCAAAGGCCAUGGUGGGCUGUCCUUGAAGCUGGCGUCCAAGGUUGGGGAUCUAGCUGUUGGUGGUGAACCGGCUCCUGCAGGAGUUCACGAUCAGGAUGUAGCGAGGAGGGAACGAGUUUUCCUCACAGGCCCAGCUUCAGGUGAGGUGUUGAGUGCAGCCAGCCAAUGGAUGGAAGAUGUCACUGCACUGGGAUUGGCGGCACGGAGGGAAGGACAACCUGUCCCAGCGAUCGAUGCCAGAAAGGUGUCAUUAAUGGCCACGGAUAUCACAAGCUUUUCUCUGCCUGUUUCUAUUCCGAAACUGGAGGUCCUGCUGCUCGGAAAGAACGCACAACUUGCAGAUCUCUCUCACGAUUGCCUUGCCUCAUGUCAGCAGCUGAGAGCCAUCGAUCUGAGCAACUGUACUGCACUAAUCCAUUUGCCAAAGUCCUUGGCCACCUUGAGGGAGCUAAGGGUACUGGACUUGAGUGGGUGUUGGCGCCUUAGGCUAUUGCCAGACUCUCUGGGUUCUUUGGCUCAGCUACGAGUGCUCAACCUACACAAGUGCAAGAGCCUUCGGUCUGUGCCUCGCUCCCUUGGCCAGCUUGUCAAUCUAAGAGUCCUUGAUCUCUGCGGAGUGGAAAGCGCAGCCAAGAUUCUCCCUUUCGAAAUCGGAAGGUUAACCAGGCUUGAGAGACUGGACCUGUCAGGCCUCACAAUGGGUGCGCUCCCACCGGAAAUUGGGAAUUUGUGCAGGUUGCAGUACCUCUGUGCCAAGAACAACCAUCUGGAAGUCCUUCCCAGUGAGGUCAACGGCCUGGAUCAACUCACAACGCUGGACGUCAGUUCUAAUCGGUUACGAGAGCUGCCUUUCUCGGCUAGUGUUCAAAGCUCGCUCGACCGGUUAGCCUACUUGGAUGCUAGCUGCAACAACUUGAAAGAAUUGCCGCCUACCUUGGGACUAGCUCUUACACAAUUAACCAUGCUCAAUGUCAGUUACAACCCAUUGGAAACUCUCCCGUGUUCGAUCGGACAGAUGAGCGAGCUGAGAGAACUGCAUGCGUGGGGGACAUCUAUCAGACUGUUGCCGCCGUCAUUGAGCGCGGCAACCAAUCUGAAGGUGCUCAAAGUAAGGAGAGGGGUUGGUGUGUCGGAGGAUGCUGGAGGUGGGGGGGAGAUUCAAGCCAUGCAGAGGUCGUUGUCAGGAUUGUUCACAGCACAGAGGCACAGCGAGGACCAACUGCCUCGGAGGAAAGAGGACGAGAGCGGCGAUGAUGAGGCAGCAGCAGAGGAUUCUUGUUUGGACUUCAGCUCACUCCGGCAGCUUGUGGAUGUCGAUCUUGAGGCUUGCCCUUUACCUCCUCCUGCUCUGCGAUCCUUGAUGACCGUCUCUGGCCUCAGGUCUCUAACCUUUGACUGCAGAAAUGCUGACUUGAUGAAGGGCGAGGCUCCUGCUCAUGCGGUAGAUUUCAGUGGUCUCCAAUGCUUAGAACACUUGCGAAUCAGUUCCUUGAUGCCUUCCAGUUUAUGGCCUUCGCUCGGUCAAUUACCAAAGCUGAGGGAGCUAGAACUGUACAAUCUGAGUGCCAUUGUUCGGUUUGCCAGAUUGGACUUCGGCCACUUGCGGCAUCUGGAAGUUCUGAAGCUUUCUGGGUCUAAUUCGAUCAUGUUUCCCGUCACAGUGGGCAAGCUGACUCAACUUCGCGAGCUUCUUGUCAAGGGGUUUGGGAGGCUAACUCAUUGUGAUAAUGUCAAUUUUGAGCAGCUUACCUGUCUGGAGAAGGUGAGUUGGUGGGGGUGUAGUAGCAUUGAGCGACUGCCCAAGACUCUCGGAAAGGCUUCCAAGCUGACGUCUAUCGUGGUUGGCCAUUGCCCUCGUCUCUCUUUCGUACCGAAAGACGUUGCAGAGAAGCUCAAGAAGCGACAAGUGAGUUUUUUUACCUACAACAUUUGCGAGCCAGUGAAGUAUUUCUAAAAUGUAAAGGAUAGGUCUAAGGUCUGAGAAAGGAUUUGACACUGUCCUCUGUUCCAUGUUUCCUUUUUUCUUCGAAGAAGGGCGACGGCCCGAAGAUGUCACCUUGGAGCUGGCCGCGCACAGGUAAUUCAGAGUUAUUUUUUUUCUGUUCAUCUUGUUGCAUCUGGAUUGGACUCGUGUCUGUAUUUCAAGAGUUAAGGGCUGUACCAACUGAGCUACGCCUGUUGGUUCCAUCUCUUCAUCUCGACUGUCUACUGUUAUCGCACCAACACUAAGGUGCAAACCUAUCGCAAUGACUAUCUUUUCAACAUUGCGUAACACUAAUUGUUGCUGCAGACAGAGUCAGGAGGUGCCCCACCUGGAAUGGGGAGCACUUGCCAGACAGGUUAAGUAGCCCACAUGGUGAGGGUGCAUAGGCCAUGAAUCUGAGGCCGUAACUCAUGCUAGGAUGUUCUGGGGGCUGUAUUGGUGGUCCAAUAAAGCCUGCAAAAUGUC